AUGAAACAAGAUGCUCAUCGUCAUGUUCAGGCAUGUGUCCCUUGUCAACAAUAUAAUUAUUCGCGUCAAAAGAAACCUGGUCAUCUUCAACCCAUUCAUGCAGUAGCUACUCCGUUUUCUAUAAUUGGUAUGGAUUUUUGUAGCCUAUUCGUUGAAUCACCUCGUGAAAAUAAAUACGUUCUCGUUGUUACUGAUCUAUUUACAUAUUUUGUUACUGCUAUUCCGCUGUCUACCAACACUGCUGAAAUUACUGCAUUAACCUUAUUUCGUCACAUCUUCUGUCGAUUUAGCGUUUGUUUCACCUUAAUUACUGAUCAAGGAACUCAUUUUAAUAACCAUCUUAUGCGAGCACUCCAACAUCUCCUUGGUUAUAAUCACAUACUUAGUACUCCGUAUCACCUGCAAACGAACGGCGUUGUUGAACGUUUUAAUGCAUCGAUGGUGGUUCAAGUCUCAAAACUUCAAAAAAAACACCACAACAACUGA